AUGAAGACAUCUCAGGUUUUGACUCUGGCAGUUGCUGCCUUUGGGCUCACGACAGGAGCGGUGGCCCAAGACAACGCGCGAAACCGUGGGGGAAACAAUAACCAGGCCGCAGACGACACUGACACUGCCGCUGCUGGAAACGGAGGUGGGAACAACAAUGCAGGAGGCAAUGGAGGCGGCAACGGCGGUCUAACGCUGCUGGAUGCAAAUGUCCAGACUGCCAGCAACUUUGUUGGCAACCCCAACGCCGAACAAGCGAACUCCGAGACUGACCCUGCCAACUUCAUCAACUUCUGCACAGGCAAGACGCUGACGAAUGGAACGCAAGCCACCGGUGGUUCUUGCAACGGCGUGGUCAUGGGUGACAUUCCCUCGAACAACAACAUGAUCUCGUCAAUCAUUCUCUUCCCAGGCCCCGGGGACGAUCUAACGCCAAACGAAGACUUCAACAUCCAAGUGCAACUUACCAAUUUGGUCGCUGGAUCCUUCACUGACCCUCUCACCACCUACUAUGCCGCUCCGCAGCAACUGCAAGGUGGCAAUGUCAUUGGUCACUGCCACGUCACUGUUCAGGAUCUCGGUAACGACCUGGCCCCGACGCAGCCUCCCGACCCGAAGACCUUUGCUUUCUUCAAGGGUAUCAACGACGCUGGAAAUGGCCAAGGUCUUCUCCAGGCUACGGUGACGGAUGGUCUCCCUGCUGGUUUCUACCGUGUCUGCACCAUGAACUCUGCUUCCAACCAUCAGCCUGUGCUCAUGCCCGUCGCUCAACGCGGUGCUCAGGAUGACUGCCAGAAAUUUACCGUUGGUCAAGGCGGUGGCAACGCCGGUGGCAACGCCGGCGGUAACGCUGGCGGCAACACUGGCGGCAAUACUGGCGGAAAUACCGGCGGCAACACUGGUGGUAACACUGGCAAUACCGGCGGCAACACUGGCGGCGACGCUGAUACCUCCUCAACAUCAACCUCUGCCGCAGCUGCAGCAACCACGACGGCCGCCAGUAAUGCCGGAGGGAACGGUGGUGGUGACUCUGGCAACAACGGCGGUGCCGGAGCCUCUACGACUUCUGCUGCCGCGGCCGCCGAGACGACUGCUGCAGAUGGCUCAACCUCGAGUGGACGCUUUGGUGGCCGGGGCGGACGAGGGCGCUUUGGACGGGGACGAGGACGCUUUGCUGCUCGCGACUACGAUGCCUGA